UGGGAAGUUGGGUUCAGGCCCAGAGUACACCGUAAAAUCAAGAAUUUGUACAAAACUGCAUAGUUAUGCGUAGUGUAAUGUACCAUCAAUGGAUUAUUGGUUAUUUUUGAUUCUUUGAAGGACUAAAAAGACUUUGAUGGUACAAAGACACAAGGUCAACGCCUCUUGGCGUGCGCUUAACGCCGCGUUGGACCCCAGUUAAAACCUUUCAUGUUUAUGGAAUAUAAAGUGCCUAGUUUUUGCAUGAAUGUUUGAUUAAGAGCAUCUGUAUUUUAGCGGGAUAAUGUGAGUAGAACAAAUAGACAGCUUGUGCUGGCACUUUUCAAAAUUCCAGCUUCGAUUGUUUGAAAUUGACAAAGGAAAUGACUUUUUACCGCAAGGUGUCUGCAUUGAACAUUACUCGGUGAUUCUUCGGGGAUAGGAAAAAAUCUCGGAUAAUUGUGAGUGUGUGAUUCAGGAUUUCGUUCAAAUUUGCACAAUGGGUGAAAAAAUGAAGGAGUAUUUCGAAUGUGCGCCAAAUCAUGUGCACAAUAAUACGAAUAAUUCGUCCUCGGCUACGACUACCAAAUAUCGUGAAAGACCGAAACACCGAUCUUGGUGCGAUGUGUUCUACGAAUUCACGCAGAAUACGACCUUCCAUGGCAUACGUUACGUCACUGAGAGGCGAACGCUUAUUAUAAGAAGACUGCUGUGGCUUCUUCUUAUCUGCACCUGCUCUGGUAUCAUGGUCUUCCAAAUCGUUGAUCGAAUCAUUUUUUACUGCCGAUUCCCCGUGACGGUCAACGUCGAGAUAAACUUCAACAAAACCAUCCGCUUCCCUGCAGUCGCCAUUUGCAAUCAGAACGCUUUCAGGAUAACCGAGGCUGCCAGGUUAGGUUAUUUAAAUCUUCUAGAAGAGAUAUACAAUGAGAAACCAGACAAACAAGAAAAGUUAGAUAACUUGACAAGAAAUAACUAUUCUCAGGUGAAUUUCGAAGAUCUUUAUCUCCCUACCGCGCAUCUAAAGGAGGAUAUGAUAGUCAGAUGUUUUUGGGAUGGCUCUCCUUGCUCUCAUGAAAAUUUCACCAUGAUUUUGACAGAUCACGGUGUUUGUUACGCCUUCAACGGAGACCAGGCACAUCCUUUGUACAUAUCAGACACAGGUACGGAACAUGGUCUCCGUCUCACAGUAAAUGUAGAACAAUACGAGUACAUGCAUGGCCCGCACGACUCGGCGGGCCUGAAGGUCCUGCUCUACGACACGGACGAGGUGCCUCUGGUCUAUGAGCUGGGCCAAGCUGUAGCCACGGGAACACAUACUUUUAUAGGAGUCAAGGUGCUUGUGAUGAAAUAUCUUCCUGGUCCCCAUGGUAACUGCUCAGGGAGUAACGUCCUGGAGCAUUUCCCCGUCUAUUCAGAAACUGGAUGCAAACUAGAAUGUAUGAAGGAUUUCUAUGAGAAGCGGUGCGGCUGUCGCAUGUUCUAUAUGCCACAGAAAGAUGGCGUUCCCCCUGUGUGUAACCUGGGCCAGUACUUCUCUUGCGUCCUCAAUGCCAAAGACGAAUUCAAGGUCAAAUUUAAUUACAUAAUUAAUGAAGAUGGGACUGAUUUCGGUGCUGGUAUCGUUUCAGAGGAGUUUAAUCACCCGGGUAAGGAUAUAUGUAAAUGCCCGCUCCCGUGCAGUACAACCAUUUAUGAACCAAACUUUAGCUAUAGCGCGACGUCGAAUUUCGAUGUCGACACAAUGCUGAAAAUCGUGGAUACAGAUGCACUGUUAGAACGUUACAUAAACGCAAGAGAUACGGCACACAAAGUUGAGGAUCGCUAUUUUGAAGUUGACUCUACUAUAAUCAACGCAGCAGCGACAACGGCAGACGACAUUGAGAAGAUGUUGUAUGUUGAGUUUAAGAGCUUGUUAGACGGUAACGUGGCGGCAUUGAAAGACAUCUUAGACAGUAUGGAUUACAUUUGUAAAAGGAAAGCCACCAUGUAUGCCUUCCAGGAAUUCGUUGUCCGGAAGAAUUUCCUCCGAGGCGUUAUGGCCAUGGACGAACGGACAUUCUCGCAGGUCUCACUCAACUAUUUUGAUUUCAUUUUCAAAUGCGAGCACCAGGUGCGCACAUUGUUGAAGACGAAUGACACUGCAACGAGAAACAUGAUUUACAGUCUGCUGAAAAUAGACAUUGACGCCCGUCGGCUACUCACUCAAAAUGCUUUACAAAACAUCACGGACGCCAAGGACGCUUACGCAAAUGGCGUUCCCAUUUUUGAGUACCAGUUCGUCGUUGAAGGGGUACAAAAAGAAAAGGAAGAGGGCAGAAUUAUCGUGCCUAAAGUUUUACUGCAUACCGCUGUGUCUCGCGAAAAUUCAUAUUCUUUAUAUUACCUGAACCGGACCUUCACGGAUUUACAAUCGCUCAUUUAUAUUUAUCAUAACCUCUCCUCCAUUCUAGAAGAUGCAUAUUUAGAAAACAGAUUCAAUGGCGGAUUAUUUAUGGAGCUGGCGGCGAAUUUCACACUUCUCUCGAAGAUGUUCUUCGGCUCGCGGAGUAAUACGUUAGCGGAAGUGAUCGAAUUUCCUGUGGAGCAGAUGCAAGAGCGAAUCGAGCAUUUCCGGAAGUUGACAGAAGAUUUUAACAAAAUAUAUUUUGAUAUGAAGUUGAACCUAGAGAGCUUAGUCAAUAAAUGCCGUGACAUCCGGGACACUGUGUGGCCAAAAUAUUCAUCUGCUUUGAAGCAAGCGCGUGAUUACCUUAACAACCAAACAACUGGCAAAACGCCAAUUGCAAAGGUGCUUAUUAAUACUGACGUCAAAAAUCAUAUAACGCAAUUAGAUUUAUUCUUUAAUGAAGUAAGAACGCGAAGUCAGACGCUUUACGACAAUUGGAGUAAAUUCAAACAUGCGACAUUCAGAAUUUGGAAGACAAUUUUAGAUGACGUGGACUCGAAACCCUAUUACGAGUACGCCAACACGUCGUGGGGGGUCCUCAGCUACACAAAUGUCACAAAUGAGACAACGAAACUCUACGAGCACGUGCGAGAUCAUUAUGACUUGCGCACUGUGAUGGGGAACAGGGACAACAGCUUCUUCAGAGCCUUCGAGAAGAUGUCAGAUGAUUUCCAGGAAUACAUCAGUGCCAACAAAUUGGACACGAAUUUUUAUAAAGAAAACUUUUUACAGAUGGACGUUUUCUACCGGAAGCUUAGUUAUGAGCUAGUCGAGCAGCAGAAGGCGUAUGAUAUUUUUGCCUUAUUAUGUGAUAUCGGGGGCUCCAUGGGCCUGUUUGUUGGAGCUAGUGCCCUGACAGUGUUUGAAGUGAUCGAUGUCUUUGCCUACCACUUGUGCAAAAAGGCAGCGCCCAAAAAAGAAUCCAAGAAGAAGAAAAACCUGAACAGAUAGCAAAUAACGGAUGUCCCUGUUGCCGAGAAGACUACUGCUGUACCUCCAGAAUCCUCUUGCGAGGAGACGCUGUUAUAACACUACGUACGACUUCGUAUAUUUGCAGAGACUGUUGUAACACAACGCCUUCAUGUUUUGCUGACGCAUGUCCUCUUCCAAACAUGUCCCCUUCCAGUUGUUCAUCUAAGCAUUAGGUGUAUCUGAUGGACCGGGCCACGCCCCGGUGUAACGUUUUUUGGGUGUGUCUAUUUUUGAGCGUUUCCUCAUUGUUUGCGAACGCUGAGAGUUAGAUUGACACGUUACUUAGUAUUUUCUGUGUUUCACCUUGAAAAAUCAUGGUCUCUCUUAUUGUCCAUGUUCAGAAACACUGAAAUAUGGGGAACUACCACCGAUGUUACACCGUUUACAGUAGGUCUCCGUCGAUAUCUCCCUAAACUUGUACGUCUGUGUCCAUGCACGCACUUGUCGCACUUGCCGCGUAUAGUUUGCUCAGGAUUGUUUUAGAUGCACGUCAUACAUUGCAAAUAUUACUGCAAGUUUUACCUUGAGAGGAUUUCAUUGCUCCAGAAAUGUCUGGUGGUGAAGUUAUGUAACUAGAACUUUAACUACACGUACACAGUUUGAAGAUGAUCGAGUAAAUACGAGUCGUCGAAUUUGACAUCGAGCGGAAGUUUUUUAUUCCUGAACUGUGAAGACUAGCGUAGGCAAGGAAACAAAUUUGGAAAAAUAUAUCAUUAAUGAAAUUAUCAGUCAUGCAUUACAAUGUUCAUAAGACGUUCAGUAGGUACAGCAAGGCAAUGGGACAUCCACACUUGAUACGGUUCUUGUUCAGGUCAAUUUUGGCAGGUGUUUUUCCAGGUAUAUGAUGCUGAUGUUAUUUCAAAAGUGUAUUCAGGAGAUAGAGACAGAUUGAAAUCCAUGCCAGCAGAUGGCAUUUUAAAUCAACCGAGACACCAGCGAGAUGAAUCAAAACCUCCCAAAUUUCUGUGCAGAAAUAUUGCCUCACGAAACGCAUAUGGCAUUUACCAAAAGUCGUUCUCAGGACAGACAUGUAUCUUUCAAUCUGCUUGGAGAAUGAGUCAGUGACUGAACAUGUUUUGAUCAGACUGGCUCAGACAUGUCGCAUCAGGGUGAAAGACCAGAAAUCGUUUGAAAAUUAAGCCAAAUGGAGUUUAUCAUUUUCUAAAGAAUUUAAACUAUCUUCAGUAAGAUUAGAUUCGUACCUGUAAGCAGCACGCUUAUCUCCUGAUUCACUUCUGUGAUUAACGUCAAGUCAUCUCGCACAUCCAACAUGUAUAUACAUAUGUAAAUACUCAAAUGAUAUCGCAUUAUGCAAUGAUAGGGAUAAUGACAAGUUUGUUAUUUUGUCAGAUGGUGACCAUUUCUUUGGUGUGACAUGUUACCAAGGGGAUGUAAUCAUAAUGACCACGGCAACGUAUCGUUCCAUGUUACCAUGGGAAUUUUAUCAUGGUGGCUUUAGUUUAAUGUUACCAAUGGCAAGGUAUUAGGGUGACAUUGGCAACAUAUCGUUUAAAGUUACCAAUUGGUCACUGUGUAGCGGUCGAAGUACAUUGUAGUUUACAUUUUUAGUGAAAAAUAGUUAUAUUUCUAUGCUGUUGUAAGAAUUAAGAUAUGUGAGUGUUAAAAUUGAAUCCACGUCCACAGUAGUUCCUUAUUUUCGCUGCCGAGGAUCGGGACAAGACUGGACGAGAGGUGUUACAGAUAAACUGUGAUCUUUUUAUGAUUCUCAUUAUAAGUUGUCGUCUAUUCUUGAUGCAAUUUUUUCAUUUUCAAGUUGGAAAAAGCACCAUAUUUUAAUCAUGUUGGUUUGCAAAGCCAUGCUUCAUGUUACCUUUUAUUUUCCAAUUACCAUUUAGUUAAACACAACUCCUGUAAAAGGCAAGCGAGAGUAUGCAUGUAUUACAUAAACAAACUGUAUGAUGUAGCUGUACGUGUCAAGUGACAACCCGCACCCGGAAUCAGUCCUUCAGUAGUUGUUACUCUGAGCAGGACCCGUUGGGACCGGAGACCGACACUGCAAAGACAGUGCGUUCGUAGGAGAUGUGGUUAAGAUGUCAAUAUCAAAAGCAAUGCAAAGUGCCUAUCAUUGUCCAACUCUGCUGCUUAUAAUAAUCUCUGCUGGUCUACCAAUCUGUCGUCUAAAGUAUAGCGAGCAAGGGUGAGUAAAGCGAGGGCGUCCGUCCGAACGACAAAAGGUCUUGUAUCAAACAGCAUGGGCAAUUUUCUGAGGUCGCCUUCGGGUUUAGUCGCUCGUGUGCAAUGCAAUUUAGAAGCAAUUAAAUAUUUUCUAAAAUAUCCGCCGGACUCCGUUACACCAACGAUGGGAGGUUAGGGACAGAGUACUUCCGUUGGUUCAGAAUGAAUCCUGGCGGAUGUUUAGGAAUACAUUUGUAGGUUUGAAUUGUCUGUCCAUUCAGUCUUCGUGUAAAUAUCGUUAUUCAUUUCUUUAACAUGACCAUGACAUUGUACAAAGUAUAGUUUAUAAGUGCUUGCUGAUAAUGUAAGCUUCCUUUCUGUUGCUGUAUAUCGUUGUUCAUGUUGCACAAAUGUAUCGACGCCGUGGGUUGAUUUCUACUUGUUUGAACCAGUGAAAGAGUACAUUGUACGCCGUUCGCGCAAAUUCUUCUGUAUGGGCCAGAAAAAAACGAAAUAAAGAUUGCCGCUGCACAGUAACCAGCUGACAUGUCAACGUGAUCAGACAAUAGAUUUUCACUAUAUCGGUGUUAACCACAACAAUGUUGAAAGUUAAUAUUGAUAUGUGUUUUUGCAUAAUUGCAGAACCUAAAAUUCGAUUAUAGAAAAGGAAGAGCUCCAUAACGACAUGCAAGGCUUUAAAACUCGUUGCCCCUUCCUUCCGACUAUAAUGGUCUCCCGAGAAAGCCCCAUUCGUCAUAGUGUAUAUCUUCCAGGGGAGGCAUGGGGACAAUGUCAAUUCGUCCGGAGUGUAUAACGGCACCUUGACCCCUGCGACUGUUACAUUAAUGCAUUAUCAUACAGAAAAUGUCUUGUUAUAUUGUCAUACAAGUCUCUUAUUCAUAGCUCGUCGUCAUUGGAUCAUCAUCAUCAUCAUCAUUAUCAACAACAACAUCAUCAUCAUCAUCGUCAUCAUCAUGUCAUCAUCGCCAUCUUUAUUUUCAUCAUCGUCAUCAUCGUCAUCAUCGUCAUCAUCACGUAAUCGUCAUCGUCGUCAUCUUCAUCAUCGUCAUCAUAGUCAUCGCCAUCGCCAUCGCCAUCGCCAUCGCCAUCGCCAACGCCAUCGCAAUCUUCAUCAUCGCUAUCGCUAUCGUCAUCAUUAUCAUAGUUAUCGCCAUCCUAUCGUCAUCAUUGUCAUCAUCAUACUUACCAUCAUCAUCAUAAGUCAUGGGCAUAAGCAAUCACCAAAUUCAUCACUAGGCAGAGACAUCGUCAUAUACUACCAUUUAUUCACGUCCGUUUCUCAUUAUCAUCAAGGAUAACAUAAAGACGAAUGAACAUCAGAAAUGCAUAUAGUGUUAGAAUUGACAUUCUGGCAACUUUCGAGGGUUGCUUUUGGUCAGUAGAAUAUCUCUUGUUUUCAUACUGUCUAUGAUAUUUGAGCUACAGCGUGAGGAGGAUUGCAUCUCGAGGAGUACCGAUGUACAGCGUGUAUGCCAAAUAUCGAAAUCUGCAUAGUUUCCAUUCUAACAUUGAUUUUAUGUAUAUCGCUCAGGAUCAUUUCAUCUCAUAAAUGUGACGAAAAUGAUACUGACAUUAUAUAUAUCUCAUCAGUAACGAUUGCAACCAACUUCAUCAGCAUAAUCAACAUCAUCUGCAUUGGCAUAAUCAUCAUCAUCAUUCAUCAUGUGCAUAUCGCUCCGAGAAUCAUUUUCGAAGUACGGUCACGUUAAUCCAUGCCACGCAGUUUAAGUUGCUAACGAUAGUACCUCAAUGCCAGAAGGCAGACUGCUGUGGUGCCGUUACGGCUGUGGCCUGUGUCAUUUUCAUGGAAACAACUACCAAAUCAAACAGACGGAAUAUUCUCAUCCUUUUCCAAACAUGUCCCCUUCCUCUUACCACUCGGCGCAUUACCUUCAUUCCGUACCGUUGCAAGCCACAUUCAUUCAAUAUUGAAAUUUGUAUUCAGCGUGUCUUGAACAAUCUCAAAUUCACUUUACAUAGGCAUAGGUAUACGGCGUAAGCAUUUGAAGAAAGCCGAAGGCCCCGCUUUGUGAAAUGUGGUUAUGGACAUAAUACAUGUUUCAUGUGUAUCACUGUAUCGUCAUUACAUGAAUAUACCUACCAUUUGCCAUUCGCCAAGCAUUUCAUACGUCUCUCAUCGUCAUUACCAUGCAACUACAUCAUCAGUUUUGGACUGCUCUCACAACGGUGGACUCGCAUAACGGUGUCAUCCGCGACAAGGGUUAUGCAGAGGUGACCAAGAGAACUUAGAAAGAAACGAAAAUGGGAGCAAAAACGCGAUUGGAACGAUUCGGAGUUGGUCAAAGCGGCCUCCUUUCCAUGCAUGUCCCCUUUUAUUGUUCAUUCUUGUGACAAUGCCAAGGCUCGCAUCUUUACUGUAGCGGUUACAAAAUGUGGUGUCCGUUACUGUGAUUUCGUGAAGGAGACGUCACGACUUCAUAAUUGGCUGCACUUUCUCAGUCGCUAUUCUAGUGCAACCUUGGCGGCUGUGCCUUGUGUGUGAUAUGGAUGUGGUACCUUCGUAAAAUUGUGUUUUCUUGUCACUCCAACUCGCACUUAGCCUUGCUAUGUAACUCAUUACAUGUUUUAUCAUUUUCUCUUUCUUUCUGACGUUUGACUGUAUUUAUUUCUAGAUGAGUCGUAGAAAGACUUCUCGCCUGCAAGUAGUCCGACGAAUCAAUCUAUUUCUGCUGCCGACUGACGGUUCUUCAUUGUUAUUCACUCUUGGCUGUACUUGUACUGUAAACUCGGCAGUGGGCCUUCACGACUCAAGGUACGAAUUAGGUCCUUUGCUAGUAACUAUAAUGUAGUCUAUAAAGUCGUGUUGGCACCUUGCCGAUUUUAUCUGCGGUCCAUAGAUUCAAAAUCCCAAUGGAUGGAUUACUAUUAAAGCACGAAAUAUUCAUAAAAAAUCUGCUGUUUUCCUCUUAAAUUUGUUCAGGUUUCCUGUCUUUGGCUUUCUCUACAAAACGUACAUGGUAUAUUGAAUCCUUUGCGCUGAUCUCGGAAGACUUUUAGUGCAAACUUUAGUUAGGAAAGCCUCGUUCUGGUUAAGAUGGCCUACUUAUCGACGAGAGUAGCUUUGCCGACAGUUUGUGGUUCGCGGCGCCAUUUUGGCAACUACUUGCGUGUAGGAAGUCUGGAUGAACGUCACAUUGUAUAUUCAUGUUUAGAUUAGGCUUGAUAUAGGGGUGUUUCUAUAAUAUAGGGACAGGUUUUUAUCUCUGUUGACAAGCAUGUAUAGAUGAGAGUGAUACUGUAAAGAAAUAAUUAAAAGAAAUAUUCAUGUAAA